GCAUGAUGCACACCAGCACCAGCUCACACAGCUCCCCAAAGCUCUCCCACCAUGGACGAUGCUGCGGUGCUUGAAAGGAAAGGUUACAGCCUGAGUGUCACGCUGGGAGAAGGCUCGUACGGCAAGGUGAAGUCAGCCUACUGCAACAAGUUGAAAUGCAACGUGGCCAUAAAGAUAAUCGACAAGAGGAAAACUCCCCGGGACUUCCUGGAGAGAUUUCUUCCCAGGGAAAUAGCUGCUUUGAAACGCUUGCACCACCCAUCGAUCAUCAAAACCUAUGAGAUCUUUGAAACAUCAAGUGGGAAAGUGUACAUCAUCAUGGAGCUGGGGGUAAAGGGAGACCUCCUGGACUACAUCAAGAUCACAGGAGCCAUGAAGGAGGACUUUGCUCGUUUAAAGUUCCAGCAGCUGGCUUCUGCCAUCAAGCACUGCCAUGACUCAGACCUUGCUCACAGGGACCUGAAAUGUGAGAACAUCCUCCUCGACAAAGACCUAAAUGUCAAGUUGUCAGACUUUGGCUUUUCCAAAUCCUUGUCUCGGGAUGAAAAUGGGAGAACUAUUCUCAGUAAAACCUUCUGUGGGUCUGCUGCAUAUGCAGCCCCUGAAGUGCUGCAGGGCAUUCCUUGCGACCCCAAGAUUUCUGACAUAUGGAGCCUGGGUGUCAUCCUGUAUACAAUGGUUUACGCAUUAAUGCCCUUUGAUGAUUCUAAUGUUAGAAAAAUGAUCUGUAUUCAGAAACAACACAGGAUUCCCUUCCCCAAGUCAAAAUACCUGACUACAGAGUGCAAGGACCUUAUUUACCACUUGCUCCAGCCCGAUGUAUCUCAGAGGCUGUGUAUAGAUGAAGUUUUGAGACACUCAUGGUUGCAGACUUCAAAAUCCCAAAUCCCUACCUCUCCAUCAGCUGCGGAAAUUGGUGAGUGUUCCCAAAACCUGCAUGACGAAAAGCCUGAGCACAACCAGGAAGCCAAAACCCACUCUGCAGAACAGGAAGGAGAGAAGGAAAAUGGAUCCUCUUAAAAAUCAGUCCAACUUAUGAACUGCUGGUUUUCGACUUGAGCUUCUCUGAACCCUUUAAGAAACAGUCCUCGUCUUUUGCUUUACAAAGUAUUGAAACAUAAAAUACCGUGCAUCUGCUAAGCUGAACGAACACUGCUGUUCUAAAAGACCCAUCUCUGAUACGGUUUGCAGGGACCAGAAGUUACGGUCAAAAGUACACCAGAAAACUUUCAGGUCACAGUGCUGCUGACUGACACAUUUCUCACACGUUUCUCAAGUUUCUGAUUACACCAGAAUUCAGUAAGUAACAGUGCAGGUUAUUAGGAAGCGUGAAUUGAUGUCUGGAACUGCAUGCAUACUUUUUUCACAACAUAACAAUUCUCUUGACAGGUCCACUGUACACUCAGG